AUGGCCGUGCCGAACGAUUGGUACGCCAUCUUGGAGGUAGCCCCUUCGGCUACCACGUCGGAAAUUCGUACAGCGUAUCGCAAGCAAGCUCUUCGAUCGCACCCUGAUCGCGCUACCGGCAACAAGGAGGAAGCAACGGCGCAGUUUAAGUUGGUGGCAGAAGCCUACGAGGUGCUGAGUGAUGACCGUCGGAGAUGGGAAUACGACCGAUUUGAAUACCCGCUCGUGAAUGGCGAAAUGCCUGAAACGUAUGAGCAAGCAACGAUGGCGCCGAAUGGCCAUUCGUUUGUAUGGGAAAGCAGCUUUGACUCGGCGCGUCGCGCGCAGGGCCGGCAUGGUGAUGGGUUUGGACGUCAUAUGUUUGACCCAUUUGAGCUGUUUAACUCGAUGUUCGCGCGCGACUUUCACGAGAUGGAGGCCAAUUCUCAAAUCGACAACCCGUUGGCAGGCUUGCAUCCGUGGGCGAAUGUCGGUCGUCCUACCUCCUUUGCCGCGCCACCAUCGCAUAUGAAUGGUCAUGCUCACCGGUCGGCAUCGCAGCACCAGCACGGCUCAGAAUUCGGUAUGAGCCAAGCUGGUAUGAGUCCCUUUGCGAUGAUGGCAGGCUUCCCAUCGAUGCACACGAGCAUGCCCGGCAACCAAUCCACGUAUACGACAAGUUCCUCCUCUUUCUCCUUCCAAGGUGGGAACAACAGCACGUCGGAAAGUCGUCGUACGACUGUUGUCAACGGUCGUCGCGAGACAAUUAUCACCAAGCGCGACGCGCAAGGCAACGAAACGGUGCGUCGGAUCACGCCUGAAGGAGAGACGGUGCAUGUGAAUGGUCAGUUGCAAUCCACGAUUGAGGCGCCUCAUGGCCAUACGGCCCUUGAAAGUGCGCCUGACGCCGGUACGGCCGCGACCCCCAGCAACGGCGCUGCGCCUACGACGUCGUCUGUACCGCCGGGGCCACCGCCUCGUGACUUCCCAACCAAGGAGGAGGCCAGUCGUACGGACACACCACCGCCGACGCGCCGGAAAAAGUGGAAAAUCUUCUAA